AUGUCCUCGCCCAUUUGCAACGAAGGAUACCUGUCAUGUGACAUUGAGAAGCAAGACAUAUCCGACUCUGGUCUGCAAGAACUCGAAAAAGACCAUUCAGUCUACACUACAACUACGGAGGUCUCAAGACUCUCCUGGGUUAAUCGGUUGGCCGACAGAGUAAAUGCCGAGACAAAAGGUAUUGACCCUGUCACCGAAUCUGAAAAGAACGACGCAGACAUUAUGAACGCGGCAACGAUGUGGUUCUCUAGCAACAUGGUCAUCUCCGCAUUUUCCUUGGGCUGUCUAGGUAUAUCUGCAUGUGGACUCAAUUUCGGAACUUCCGUUUUGACCAUCUUCUUCUUCACCAUUCUAGGAGUUAUGCCUGUGGCCCUCUUCUCAGUAUUUGGGGUCGAAUUAGGCCUUAGACAGAUGGUAUUGUCCCGGUUCCUCGUGGGAAACAUCACUGCCAGACUCUUCUCUCUGAUGAAUGUCAUAGCUUGUGUUGGAUGGGUUUCUGUCAACACUAUGGCUUCCGCCUCGCUCUUGCACAUGAUAAACCCCAGCGGUAACAAUUGUCCACCAUGGGCCGGAUGUCUGAUUAUUAUCAUGUGUACCAUUGUCGUCACUUUCUUUGGGUAUAGGUUCAUUCAUUUGUACGAGAAGUGGUCUUGGGUUCCGAACUUCACCGUCUUCCUAGUGAUAAUUGCGCGCUUGGCCAAGUCUGGAAACUUCACGAACGGUCCUUGGGGUGGUGGACCCAAUACUGCUGCUGGUGUACUCUCCUUCGGUAGUUCCAUCUUUGGCUAUGCUGCAGGAUGGGCAACAUACGCCUCCGAUUACACCGUUUAUAUGCCAAGACAGACCAACAAGAGAAAGGUAUUCUUCAGUGUAAUGUUAGGCUUGGGAUUACCAUUGUUGUUCACCAUGACACUGGCUUCGGCUGCUAUGGCAUGCACACAGACCAAUAAGAGAUGGGCUGAGUUAUAUGCUUCCCAUUCGGUAGGUGGCUUAUGCUAUGCUAUCUUGGUUGAAGACUCCCUCUGGGGCUUCGGAUCCUUCUGCUGUGUGUUGCUAGCAAUGUCCACUGUUGCAAACAACACGCCCAACAUGUACUCUAUUGCUUUGGGCACACAAUCAAUAUGGGAACCUCUGGCCAGAGUCCCUCGUGUUUUUUGGACUUUGGUUGGUAACUUGGCUGCGCUAGCCAUCUCCAUCGGGGCCUACUACAAGUUCGAGUCUUUCUUGAGCAAAUUCAUGGACUCUAUCGGUUAUUAUAUUGGUAUAUAUAUUGCUGUUUCCCUCUCGGAGCACUAUAUCUACAGACACGGGUUUGUAGGAUACACUGUAUCUGAUUGGAACAGAUGGGAUAAGUUGCCGGUUGGCUACGCCGGUUGCACUGCACUAUUCAUUGGGGCUUUUGGUGUAGCUUUUGGCAUGAGUCAAUCAUACUGGAAAGGCGAAAUUGGAAGGCAUAUUGGGAGCGGUGGCGCAGACAUUGGUUUCGAAUUAGGUGCCGGAUUUGCAUUUAUUGCAUACAACAUCUGCAGGCCUCUCGAACUAAAAUAUAAUGGUCGCUAA